AUGGCUCAAGAACUUCAAGCAUUGGCAGACAAUCAAACAUGGGAACUAACCACUCUUCCACCUGAUAAAAAUUUAAUAGACUGUCGAUGGAUGUACAAGAUUAAGCAUAAAUCCACGGGAGAAAUUGAGAAGCAUAAAGCUCGUUUGGUUGCAAAAGGAUUUACUCAAACUAAAGGAGAGGACUUCCAUGAAACCUGUGCACCCGUUGCAAAAAGGACAACGGUUCGAUGCUUACUAACUGUUGCAGCCACCAAACAAUGGAUCCUCCAUCAAAUGGAUGUUAGCAAUGAUUUCCUUCAUGGCUAUUUAGAUGAAGAUGUCUAUAUGAAACCUCCAUAA